GUUUGUACCAUGACCUCUUAUGUCCUUGACUCCAUGAAUAGUGGUGAACUUCGUCUUUUAAAGCCAUUCUCUUCAGCAUUGACCUUUGUAUAUGCUAGGGAUUUUGUGCUGUUUGUUUUGCUGCAGCUUCACUUACGUAGCAUACUUAGCGUGAAGCACUUGACUACUAGAGAGUUAUGUGCUUUUCUAUUCACCUCUUUUAUCGGCAAAAGCCACCAUUUACUUUUUUCUUCUCAUCGCACUCUUCCCUUCCUCUCACGUCUCAGGUUUCCCGUCGCCUAUACCUCUCAGAGGCGCCAAUACGCAAAACCUCAAAGUUCAUCCUCUGCUAGUCCAACUUUCUCUCACAACAAACCUCGCAACAAACCUUACAACAGACUUCUAAAGAAUAUAAGUCCAUAGAGCAAUGGCCGAUUCUUACCAACGCCCGAUGAUAAAUUGCUACGAGAUAUUGGAAACCACACCAUAUGCGCCACUCAAAGACAUCGAAAGUUCCUACAGAAAACUCGCUCUCAAGUUUCACCCUGACAAAGCAGGAGGUGAUGAUAUCAAAUUCAAACAGAUCGGCGAAGCAAUCAAUAUCCUCCGCGACCCAGCCUCCCGCUAUGAACACGACAAAGAACUCAGUCGAAGAACCAGAUACACCAGUGAGGGGGAGCCUUCAUCCGCUAAUCCUGGGUACAAAGGAUGGGCACCAAAGGGCAGGUACUACCGAUAUAAUUUUACCCCCAGGAAUCGAUACAUGUUCAGCUACCAAGAAAGCGUUCAUAUGAACCCUUCCUCGACCCAGUCACAGGAAGAACUGGCUCGCUGGGAAAAGGUUCGAGAGGAAGAGGCGAAAAGGCGAGCGGCGGGUCGUCGGGCUGCUCAAUUCUUUACUGAACAGGCAUUAAAGGAGGCACAAGACCGUCGGAAGUUUACUGUCAACUCAGCAGCAGAAGGUUUGAACGCCGAAUCGGUUCAUAGUAGAGAGCAUAAUGAUGAGACAAGCAGAGGUUUUGAACCAGUCUGGUGGGGUGGAGCAGAGCCGAACCGGGAUGGUCAUGGGGAUGAUGUGUUGGAAGCUGAAGGCGAUGGUGGCACCGAGAAUGACUCCGUUGGUGAAGCUGAAGUUGAUUCCGUGGCGACUGCCGAAGUGGAAAUUGGGCUUGGAACCGAAUAUGGAACCAAGUUCGAUAACGGCAACAAAACUACUUCUGGAGCAGAACCAACCUCGCAUAUUGAUGCUUACGUCGACGCGGGCCUGGAGGUUGAUGUUCAUGAUCAAUCUGAAGAGGAACCGGCCAUUGUCGAAAUCAACACUCCCAACACAGAAGCCAUUUUAGAUAAUACCGAGACCGGGGAAUUCGCAGCUACUGCAGAUGAUACCUUUCCCAACCCCGAGACAGACCCUUAUGUCGGUUCCAAAAUCGACCAAGAAAUGGAUGCCGCGGCUGAAACCACGUUCGAGGAUAACUCUUCUGUUGAUGUGGCGCAAUUUCAGCGAAGCUUGAAAGAACACAUGUCACUGCCCGCAAGAUGGACGAGCGGUGCAUUGUCCCCCUUAAAUAGUGAGGCUCAACUCAACAAGGAUGCAAAUUCUACCGGAUAUACACACAAUGACAGCACUGAAUCUAUCUACUACGACUUCAGUGAUGCAGCUCAAUCCCAGUCAGAAAAUUUGGAGAGCGAAACCUACCAUGAUUUUCCCACUGACAGCAACAACGAGAUCAUCUCAAACUCUUCCGCUAGCGAUGAAUCUCUUGUCCAUUUAUCUGAUAUCCCGGAGUUGAACGUUGAGAGUGUUUACCCAUACUUAGCCCCUUUCGUUCCAUUCUUUACUGCCAAAAUCGCCAGCAAGAAUGGGAAUUACAAUAGGCAGGACUUCCAGGCUGAACUCAUGGGUAUGGUAUUAGAAACUUACUGCGGAUGGCUUGAGUGUCUCCGUGUCACUGUCCCAGGCGCAGAAGAGCGCGAAAUUUCCCCUGAUCCGCGUGACUGCCGCCAUCUUGGAUACUGGAAGAAGGAACUCGGGCAUGAAGAAUGCGAGGUAUGUAAUAUUUGGAGGCCAAUAUAUAUGCUCGUGUGUCCGGAUUGUGGGAUCAAGAAGUGCGUGAGAUGCAAAUUCGAGAAGGCAAGUGAUCUGAAUGGUAUACCAGAUCAUUAGAUCAUGGGCUGUUUUUGUUUCACCUUCACUGAUUGUCAUUAUGUUGGAGUAUAUCCAUCCCGCCUUGCUUUAUGAUGGACUAAGUCCCUGUUUGCAGCUUGUGCAUCCUUGGCCGGGAAAUUUGAGAUUGAGCAUUUGAGCUAAGAGAAACAGUGGAACUUGAAUAACGCGGAAUAUUCACUUAUUAUCUGGGUAUAACUAUGAAAUAUUUAAUAAUUACUCUUUGAUACUUUGUUCUUUCCAUUUCAGUAGGCUAUUCCACAUGUUUUGCUCUUCGCAUGACUGGCCUACAUAUCUAGAUCCUGAUCUAACACAAAC